CGCUUGGGACCUCGCACUGUAGUGGGCGGCAAGGCCGUGUAUCCGGACACUAGGACAGACGCGCAGGCUGAGGCCUGGAACUCGUUGCUCAAGCAAAUUCCACUUCAUCAACCUGGUGUGGACCGAGCAGAAUUCUGCUCCUUUUAUCAUCACAGGCAGAGCUUCUAAGAAGUACAGCCAUGUCCUAUGUUUUUGUGAACGACUCCUCCCUGACCAAUGUGCCUCUGUUGCAAGCAUGCAUUGAUGGGGAUUUCAACUACUCCAAGCGCCUGCUAGAGAGUGGCUUUGACCCAAACAUCCGUGACAGCCGUGGCCGAACAGGUCUCCAUCUGGCUGCCGCCCGUGGGAAUGUGGAUAUCUGUCAGCUCCUGCACAAGUUUGGUGCCGACCUGCUGGCAACAGAUUACCAGGGAAACACAGCCCUUCAUCUGUGUGGCCACGUGGAUACCAUUCAGUUCCUUGUUUCCAAUGGGCUAAAAAUUGACAUAUGCAAUCACCAAGGGGCCACACCACUCAUCCUAGCCAAGCGCAGGGGAGUAAAUAAAGAAGUGAUUCGCAUGUUAGAGUCCCUGGAGGAGCAGGAAGUCAAAGGCUUCAAUAGGGGCACUCACUCCAAGAUGGAGACCAUGCAGACGGCAGAAAGCGAACGGUAUGUCCAGUGCUCUGAGCUCCUAAUGGAAAAGGGACACAACACUCUGUCGGAAGGAUCCCCUGAGGAAGAUUGCGCAAUGGAAAGUCACUCUCUCCUGAAUCCAAACCUGCAACAGGGUGAGGGGGUACUCUCUAGCUUCCGCACAACUUGGCAGGAAUUUGUGGAGGACCUGGGUUUCUGGAGAGUCCUUCUUCUCCUUGUUGUCAUUGCUCUUCUUUCCCUGGGUAUAGCAUACUAUGUAAGCGGCGUGCUGCCCUUUGUGGAAAAUCAGCCGGAACUAGUGCAUUAGAGAGAGGUAUAAACCUUUCUUUGCACCCCACUUCCUUUAAUGCAGUGGCAAAUUGUGCUGCAUAAAUAUAUUCAUAUAUAUAUAUAUAUAUAUCGAACCGCUUGCCGGCCCUGUCUUGGAACUCUGUGCAUUCUGAAUCGUUUGCGGGACAUCUUGAAUGGAACUUGUCUUUGUGGUCUUCAGAGAUGUAGGCGGGACAUCCCUCCUUUGUGAUUCCAUAGUUAUAAGCAGAACGGCUGUUUUGUGAGACUGUUGUUGAGGCAGGAAAACCUUUAUUGCCUGUCUACGAAGAGCAGCUUUCUUCAUUUUUCUGAUAUGCUGGCAGUGGAUAAGUGCCCCCUAAAAAAGUAAUUGCUAAGUGUAUUCAUGAAUAUUUAUCUAUAGGUUGGACUCAUUUCUCAGUAAGUAUAAUAAAUACCUGCAAGUGUUAACUUCUUUAUUUCAUCCUUGUUCUACUUUGUUUUGUUUUAUUUUGUCACACAAUUAACAACAAUGUGUAUGGUUGCUUAUGAAAAGUAUUGCAAGCUUCAUGCUGUCAAUCAGUUGCCAUUCGUAGUAUGUAAAUAAUGUAAUUAUUACUGUGUUUUCCAAAAAAAAAGGCCUUUUAUGAGGUGGACAAAGGAUUUAAACAGUUAAAUAUUUGACUGAUGAGCAAAAAUGUGCAUGUACAUGCUUAUUUAUAGGUUAGAUAAUGGUAUUGGUUGAUAUUGUGUAUAUGGAUAUUAAGUAUAGUUGGCAUAUUUAUGGCUUAUUAUGGGUAGCAUAUAAAAGACAGAUGGGGUGCCAUUAAAUGUAAAGUAAGAGGACUUAGUAACUGGCUUAAAGGGAAUGUUAAACCCUCAAAACAAAUUGGUGUGGAAUAGCUCUAAUUGCUCUUCUUUGCACUUUUAAUUUCUUUUUCUAGUUUUUAAUAUAAAAGCAGCCACCUCCUGUUUUCUUAUGGUUGUCGGGACACAGUUGGCAGAAAAGUUAGUGAAAUAAAUUUUGAAAUCAGCCAUGUAAAAACUGCAACUGUAAAAGUGCAUAGAAUACAACUUUAACCCCCAUAUAUAAUAAAAGGCACUAAGGGACCAAUUCACUAAAGGUCGUUAACGCUUAUCACAUACUUUUUUGUGUUAAAAAGCAUGCGAUAAAUAAGUACCGAUUCAUCAAGGUAAUUUCACAUGCAUUAUUACUCAUAUCGCAUGCAUUAAAAAGCGCAUUAUAGCAAAGCGUUAUUUACAUGGCAUUGCGGUAAUUAUCGCAUAGAAAUAAUACUAACGCAUGAUUCACAAACACAUAUGAAACAUUAAACGUGUAAAAUGUGGCGAUUAUUUCUGUGAAAAUUAAGGCCUCCCAGGAGGAGGCGUUACAAAAUUGCAGCUGGUGAUUGUGGUGACAAGAUGGAGUUUGCAGUCGGAUUUUUUCAAGUAUGUUUUAGAACAGUAGUUUUCAGAAAGUAACUGCUACGUGCGUAAUAGCGUGCAGCGAAAAAUAUCGAACACAGCGGAAAUUAUCGCACAUGUGUUAAAAUAUAGCUUAAAAUCGCUCAUCGCCAGAUUAAUAACGCCAAGAACAUCACUUGUCCUUUUAUUGAAUCGAUCCUUAACUUGCAAAAAAUAAGAAGUGAUAAUGUUUUUAAUGCAUGCUAUAAAUAGCACUCGUUUUUUUUUUUACCUUUAGUGAAUCUGUCCCUAAGUUUGCCCAGGAGCAGUAACCCAUAAGAUGUUUGAUUUUAAACAGGUGUCUAGUAAAUGCUUCCUGCUAAUUGGUUGCUAUGGGUUACUGCUCCUGGGCAAAUAUAUUUAUUACAUAAUCUCUUAUAACAGUGCUGUCCAACUGGCGGCCCACGACCCCCCUCUGUGUGGCCCCCAACCUGUCUGGCUGCUUUGAUGACUUACCUUUGUGUAAGAUUUAAAUGGUAUCAGUACUGUGAUUAACUGCCCCCCUACAUGGUUCACACCUCAGAUCCAGGCUGUAAUCCCCCUGUAUUGUUUAAAAAUGUAAUCCCCUGUACUGUUCACACCUUUUAAUCCCUGCAUUGUUCACACCUCAGGCUCAGACUGUAAGUACCCACAUUGUUUACCUGUUCGCACAGACUGUAGGAGCAGUGCCAGCAUUGUGUAACUGUAUGCUGUCUGUGUGUGCCAUACUCUUCCUGCCCUAUGCUGCCUGUGUGUGCCAUAGAAACGGCAUAGGGCAGGCAGAGUAUAGCAGACACAGGCAGCAUAGGUCAGGCAGAGUAUGGCACACACAGGCAACAUAGGUCAGGCAGAGUAUGGCACACACAGGCAGCAUAGGGCAAACAUAGUAUGGCGCACACAGGCAGUAAAGGGCAAACAGAGUAUUGAACACACAGACAGGAUAGGGAAGGCAGAGUAAAGCAGGUUUUUGCUGUACUGCCACCAUUAAUAUGGGUAUGGUCAUGUGAUAACACAGGUGGGGUUUCAAGAGGGUGUUGUUUAAAAAAAAGGGGAGUAGUCAAAACUGGCUUCCAUUAUCGGCCCUCCAUCAUGUUGGCCGGAAAAAUUCCGGCCCUCCGUACAACAGAAGUUUGACAGCGAUGCCUUAUAACAUUUUGUUCAUUGUACCUUUGAACUGCAAACAUAUAGGCAUAAUUUGUGUGCUACAAGAAGGAAUUAUUUAACCCCAGGCUAUUUGGGGGCAAGCACCCACAGGAAUGAAUAAUUCCACUGAUAAUAUAUAAUAUACAUUUAUUCAGCUAUAUGUUACCACAUCAGCAUUUCAUGGGUCUCCACCUGUCUUUGUAAAAGGUUAAAGUAUUUAAAGGGCUUCCCUUUACCCUGACCCAUAGGGAAGCCAAGACAAACUUGAAACUGAAAUGAUCUUUUCUCUGUGGCAAUGUGAGGCUAAACAAAUGUACAUUUAAACUGCUUGGGGAUGAUACAGGUAGCUCAUUUCUUGUGUCAGUCAGCAGUCCCUAUUGUCUUAACUACACAAAUUUCCUAAACUGAUUGCUCAUUCACGAUUGCUUGUCCCGCACUGCCAUUUGCCUUGUAUGUAUAAAAUUGGGGUACGGGAUUGAUUAUCCAGCAACCUUCUGAAAUAUGGAAGCCUAUCUCAAAUAGUAUUCAUUUACUCAAUCAUUUGUGCUUUUUGCACAAGAGAGAGAUGGACAAUAAACCUAUUUUUGAAGAACUAGACUAAUUGUAUAGUGUGUGUUUAGCCCCACUUUGCAAUGGACUGACGUUGUAGAGCAGAGGUGUCUACAUGUGUUUCUGAGCUACAAGAACCACAGAUAUGUCUGUUUGUGUGUGGAAUUGGUUUAUGGUUUUUGGGGGUUUUUUUUCUCCUAACAAUGUACAUCAUCAGAUGUUAGAGGCAGUUAUUAGUUAGUUAUUUCUGAUAAAGAUCAGGGGGAAUUCAGCACCUUGGCCCCUUGUUAGCUUAGUAGUUAUGCCAGCUUAGUAAAUCAACCCCAUUGCUGAUUUCUUUGCUAAAAUGUCUAUACUGUCAUUUAUUCUUUGUACACGUAUGUAGCAAAAGGUUUUGUAUUUUCAUCUAAGGAUACUUGUAUUCCUGAAUUAUUAUUGUUAUUAUGGAAUUUCAUGUUUUAUGACAAAUGUGUUUUAAUUUCCUUAUCCUUCAUGCUAAUUGGUUCUUUAAAUAAUUGUAAAAUAUUAUAAAGUUAAAUUAAAAUAUAUCCUUUUUGCCA